UCGAAAGUAUUUCAUCUGAAAUCAGUUUCGUCGGUGAAUCUGGGUUAGGGUUUUUAUUGCAUGCGCAUUAUCGGCCUUUAAAUUUUGGUUUGUUGCGAUCCCUAAUCCCGUCCAAUCUCGAGUUUUGAUUCAGGUGAUAAAGGGGGCUUGAAUUCAAGGGAUUCCCCCCUGAUUCUUGCCCCCUGAUUCAGUGGAUUUUUAUCUUGGAUUGGUAAACUUGACAAGAAACAGGAAUGAUCUACAAUGCUUCGACGUUUUUCAAGGAUUCAAACGCUUCAUUAAGGAUGUCUUUUGUUGGAGAUUUCUUUAGAUUUCAAGCGUCGAUUGAUUCUUUCUCUGUUGCUUGUGAAGCAUUUUAUGAACAUUGCGAAAUCUAGCUAAUGUUUCAUUGUUUGUUUGUUCUUGAGCUGCUAUUAUCUUCAUUAUUGUUCGGAUUUGACAUCGUUAAUUCGCCAGUGGUACCGAUGGAUUCGGAAGUAAAAUCUAUUGUAUCUGCAAAUGGUUCGCAUCGAAAAUUCCAACGGAAAUCGAAGCCAAAACGGCAACCGGAGCCUGAUGAUACUGACAUUGUAGAAAUUUGCCCUAACAAUCGUUAUGUUCGGUAUAGGGAAGUACUUGGGAGAGGAGCAUUCAAGACUGUAUAUAAGGGAUUUGAUGAAGUUGAAGGAAUUGAAGUUGCUUGGAACCAAGUGACUCUAGAUGAUACAUUGCAAUCACGAGAAGAUCUAGAGAGAUUGUAUUAUGAAGUUCACUUACUUAAGACUCUGAAACAUGAGAACAUAAUCAAGUCAUAUUGCUCUUGGGUGGACGAAAAGGAAAGAACCUUAAACAUGAUAACAGAAUUAUUCACUUCAGGGAAUUUGAGACAAUACCGCAAGAAGCAUAAGAGUGUUGAUCUUAAGGCUAUCAAGAACUGGGCCAGGCAGAUCCUCGAAGGCUUAGUUUAUCUCCACAGUCAUGAUCCACCUAUUAUUCAUAGAGAUUUGAAAUGUGACAACAUAUUUAUCAAUGGAAAUCAUGGAGAAGUGAAAAUUGGAGAUCUAGGAUUGGCAACCCUGAUGCUACGGCCUACUGCCCAAAGCUUGAUUGGCACUCCUGAGUUCAUGGCUCCAGAGCUCUAUGAUGAGGAAUACAAUGAACUAGUGGACAUAUAUUCAUUUGGAAUGUGCAUAUUAGAGUUAAUUACUUGUGAAUAUCCAUAUAAGGAAUGCAAAAAUCAUGCACAAAUAUAUAAGAAGGUCACUUCAGGAAUAAAGCCAGCUGGUCUUGCAAAUGUAAAAGAUCCACAAGUGAAGCAGUUCAUAGAGAAGUGUUUGGUCCCACAGGUGGCGUUGACCGUACCUACCACUGACGAUUCAUCGCUUCCUGUUCUCACCUUUCGAAUGUGGGUCCUCGGAACCCUUUCCUGCGUCCUCUUGUCUUUCCUCAAUCAGUUCUUCUGGUACCGGACUGAACCUCUUAGCAUCACCGCCAUAUCAGCUCAGAUCGCCGUCGUUCCGCUCGGCCAACUGAUGGCGGCGAAAAUCACAGAUCGCGUGUUCUUCAAAGGAUCGCGUUGGGAGUUCACCAUGAACCCAGGGCCUUUCAAUGUAAAGGAACAUGUAUUGAUUACGAUAUUCGCGAACUCGGGAGCAGGCACAGUGUAUGCGAUUCACGUAGUUACGGGUGUGAAAAUAUUCUAUAAACAACAAAUGACAUUCUUUGUAUCACUCGUCGUUGUUCUUACGACUCAGGUGCUGGGGUUUGGAUGGGCUGGGAUAUUCAGAAGGUAUCUAGUGGAGCCAGCAGAGAUGUGGUGGCCAUCUAAUCUUGUUCAGGUCUCUUUGUUCAGGGCAUUGCACGAGAAAGAAAAACGGCCGAAAGGCGGAUUGACACGUACCCAAUUCUUCCUGAUUGCCUUCAUUUGUAGUUUCGCUUACUACAUUUUCCCCGGCUAUAUUUUCCAAAUGUUAACCUCACUCUCUUGGGUCUGUUGGAUCUUUCCCUCGUCAAUCAUGGCCCAACAAAUUGGAUCGGGCCUCCAUGGAAUGGGUAUCGGUGCUAUUGGGCUCGAUUGGUCCAGUAUUUCUGCAUACCUUGGAAGCCCAUUAGCAAGCCCAUGGUUUGCCACAGCCAAUGUUGCUGCUGGUUUCUUCUUAGUUAUGUAUGUUGUCACUCCCCUUGCUUAUUGGCUCAAUCUCUAUAAUGCCAAAAACUUCCCUUUUUUCUCCGAUGGCCUCUUCACCGCCUCCGGCCAAGAAUACAACAUUACGACCAUCAUCGACUCCAAUUUUCACUUCGAUAGUGCCGCUUAUCAAAAAGAAGGUCCUUUGUAUCUUAGCACAUUUUUCGCCAUGACUUAUGGUGUCGGAUUCGCUGCUCUCUCCUCCAUGGUUGUUCAUGUCUUCCUCUUCCACGGAAGUGAGAUAUGGGAGCAAAGCAAGUCGAGUUUCAAAGAGAGAAAAAUGGACAUACACACUCGACUAAUGAGCAAGUACAGUCAGGUGCCUGAAUGGUGGUUUUGGUGUAUACUUGUCGUAAACAUCAGUCUCACCAUAUUCGCGUGUGAGUAUUACAACGAGCAACUUCAGUUGCCGUGGUGGGGCGUCAUUUUAGCUUGUGCCAUUGCCAUUUUCUUCACUCUUCCCAUUGGCAUUCUCACUGCCAUCACUAACCAGGCCCCGGGAUUGAACAUUAUCACGGAGUAUAUAAUCGGGUACAUAUAUCCAGGAUACCCGGUUGCUAAUAUGUGCUUCAAAGUGUAUGGAUAUAUUAGCAUGACACAAGCAAUUACUUUCCUUCAAGAUUUCAAGCUCGGCCACUACAUGAAGAUCCCACCGAAAGCUAUGUUCAUGGCACAGAUUGUGGGAACAUUGAUAGCGGCUUUAGUUUACUUGUGCACUGCAUGGUGGUUAAUGGAAACGAUUCCAAACAUUUGCGACUCGUCAUCCGAUGUCUGGACUUGCCCUGGUGAUCAUGUGUUCUACGAUGCAUCGGUGAUAUGGGGUUUGAUUGGGCCAAGGAAGAUCUUUGGAGACCAAGGAACCUACACCAUGGUGAACUGGGCUUUUCUUUUAGGAGCAAUAGCUCCGGUGCUGGUUUGGUUAGCCCAUCGGGCUUUCCCAACACAACAUUGGAUCACGCUGAUCAACAUGCCAGUGUUGAUCGGUGCGACGGGGAGCAUGCCGCCAGCUACAUCAGUCAACUACUCGGCUUGGAUACUUGUGGGAUUUUUAUCAGGGUUUGUGAUGUUUCGAUAUAGGCCUGAUUUAUGGCAACGACAUAAUUAUGUGCUAUCGGGGGCGUUGGAUGCGGGUCUGGCGUUUAUGGGUGUGUUGUUAUACCUUUGUUUGGGGUUGGAGAACAUUGGUUUGGAUUGGUGGGGGAAUGAGCUCGAUGGCUGCCCCUACGCUUCGUGUCCCACAGCCCCCGGUGUUUUCGUGGACGGUUGCCCUGCAUUGCAAAUUUGAAUCAAUGGCAUCAAAUGAUGUAUUUAUGUGAAUCAAAUGGUUACAAAUCCUUGGUUUUAUUUGCUCUCCUCUUCUUUUUUCCUUUGUAUCAUAACGCAAUUUGAAGGGAAAAUGUGAAUUAUUGAUUCGAUUGUGUAAUUAAAAACACCCCCAAAUAUGU